AUGGCGAGCGCCGCAGAGGAGCCCUCAACAACUACCCACGCUCCGGCGUGCACGGCCACGUCAUCGUCUGGCAGCGGCGCAUUCUUCGACCUCCGGCCGGACAUGGCGGUACACCCGGACAAGAGCAAAUCGCACAAAGGCUCCGUCACCAAGGACUACCACGCCAAGGGCUACGACUAUGGCAAGAACUUUACGCUCAACAUCUGCGGCCCCGUCGUGGACCCGGUGACAGACGUGAUCGGACUUAAGAAGGAACAGUGGGCCAACGUGAGCGCCUACUACAUGUCCUACGGCAACAUAUAUUCGAUAGGAUCUUCCUCGAUGGAGCUCACCAGCCGGGGGAGUAAGCUCUUCUUGCAAUACACAGGAGGCUCGCCCUGCACCCCGAAGUCCAAGAAGGAGAGCCGGGCCGCAGCCAAGAGCGGCGCCGGAAGUGCAAAGACUCAGCCCCAUGAAAUCGAGACGAUGGAAAAGGGUGACGACAAGGCACCAGUGCAGCGCAAGUCGGCUACCAUCUCCUUCCACUGCGAUCUGAACCCCGGCAACGCGCAGGCAGCCAUCUCCUUCGUGAAUACCCCCGACGAUUGCGCGUACUUUUUCGAGGCUCGAUCUGUCCACGCUUGUGGCCAUGCCGAGCCACACAAGCCAGGGAGCGUGGGUCCCGGCAGUGUUUUCGGCAUCAUCCUCCUCGUCGCGGUGCUCGUGUAUGCCUUGGGGGGCGUCUUUUACAACCGCACUGUCACCCACGCCCGUGGGUGGCGCCAGCUCCCAAACUACAGCCUCUGGGCGGGCAUCUGGAACUUUGUCAGCGACAUGUUUGUCAUCUUGUGCUCUUCGUGCACGCGGUGCUUGCCCAGUCGAAGGGGCUACAGCGCCUUGAACUCCAACGCGCACAGCCGCAACAGAAACUCGGAUGCCGAAAACAGGCUGAUCGACCAACUCGACGAGGAAUGGGACGACUAG